UCCUCACUGAUCUUAUCUAAAAUAGGAAAUAGAUAAUGGAAUUGCUUUUCCUUGUUCUGCUCUCUCUGCACAUUGCCAAGACAGCAACAGAAGGUGACAAAGAAUGGUGCUACCUAUCACAACUAUGCACACAGUCCAAUUGUGCAGAACCCCGUUUCUGGGAUAAAGUGAAUGAGGAGUGUAGAAAAGAGAAACAGUCACCUAUCAAUAUUGUCACCAACAAAGUGGAGUACAAAGAGGACCUAAAGCCAUUUACUUUUGAAGGCUAUAAUACCAAUCAGUCCUCCCUUUGGCGCAUAGAAAAUAAUGGACAUACAGUUAAAGUAUCUCUGAGCGGAUCAGCAAAGAUUGGAGGUGGAGGUCUUCGAAAUAAAUAUAAUGCUAUCGAGUUUCACUUCCACUGGGGCACUAAGAUAAGCGAAGGAUUCAGCCCUGGAUCAGAACACAGCAUAGAUGGAGAGAGAUACGCUAUGGAGCUUCAUAUAGUCCACAGGAAAGAGGGUUUCUCCACUACAGAGCAGGCAGUGGCCGAUCAAGAAGGUCUGGCCGUGCUGGGGUUCUUUAUAAAGGUAAAGAUCGGUGCAAAAAAUGAAAAGUAUGAACCUCUAAUAGAGAUGUUAAAUGAAGUUGCUUUCAAAGGGUCUCAAAAAAAUAUGUCGUCUUUGCCCCUGGAAUCGCUCAUUCCAGCUAAAGAGAAUCUCACACAUUAUUAUCGGUACAGUGGCUCCCUGACCACUCCCAACUGCCACCAGGCUGUCGUCUGGACAAUAUUUCAGGAGCCAAUCAUACUGAGUGACAGUCAGCAAGGGGUCAUGGGGGUACUUACCACUAUAAUACCUUGAGGCAGAGCGGUCCAGUGGUCAUGAUCUGUUGGCGCUCCCAUCUCAGCUCUACCACAAAAUCACUGAGUGGGCUUGGACAAGUCACAACACCUCUGGGACAGUUCCUCAUCGGCAAACAAUGUGGACAUACUGAUCAUGGUCAGUGUGAUAUCCCAUCAGACUGAAUCCGUAAGAUUAAUGAUAGUUGCUCAGUGUUUGCUGAGAACCCAACACCCAGCCAGAUGUGAACCAGUGCCAUGGGGGAAAUGAGAAAUUGGGGGUGUGCUUCACAGCUGGCAGCUGCUGGCUAAAUUCCUGCUGCAAGUAGCCAGGAGUUAGGCACUAGAGAAGAACCAGAGAAGGUGAGGCAUGUAAUCUUGAUCACCGCAUGUUGUGUCAUAGGGACUUGAGGGAUGGGGGCAGGAGCUCAACAUAGAGAAAAGACCUGUCUUUCCAGGGUGGCUUGUGCUAGACAGGACUAGGAUGUUUAGCUGGCAGAAAGUUUAAGGAGUCUGCCUGGGCUAGAAGGAAGCAUCUGUCAGUGAUCUAGGGGACAAGUUUUGAUGGCACUGUUUCCAUUUAAGCUUUACUAUACUCCUGUGGUUCAGAGCAAUACUACAAUGUGAGGAACUAUAGACUUAAGAUAGGACAAUUCUCUUUUCUUUCCCUCAAAAAAUAACAACUAUUUUUGGAUGAUGG